AUGUUGCACAGCCCGACGGGACCCUCGAGUUGGUUAAGAGUGUCGCCUCUCGAGGUACUCAUCACUCGUGCCUGCGAGCCGUCGUUGCAUGAGCCCAACUAUGCUCUGCAUCUGGAGGUUGCAGAGUAUAUCAAUCAGAAAAAGGCUAACAACCCCCGAGAAGCAGCAAUGAUGUUAGCGCGUCUUGCAAAUCACCGAAACCCUCAUGUUGCUAUACUGGCGCUUUCGCUUCUCGACACUCUCGUUCAAUCAUGUGGAUACCCUUUCCACCUCCAGGUAUCCACCAAAGAGUUCUUGAACGAACUCGUUCGCCGCUUCCCCGAACGCCCGCCACCCUUUCCUGGUCCGGUCAUGUCAAGGAUCUUGGAGUUGAUAAAUGGAUGGAAAGAGGGUAUAUGUGUCGAGAGUCGCUGGAAGGAAGAUUUGGGCAACAUCAGAGAUAUGCAUAGGCUCCUGACAUUCAAGGGCUACAGGUUUAGAGAUGCACCACGGGCCUCAAAUGCCGCUGCCAAUGCAACUGCUAAUCUUAAAUCUGCUGAAGAGCUUGAAGAGGAAGAUCGCGCUGCGCAGUCCGCUAAGCUGCAAGAGCUCAUAAGACGUGGCACCCCUCGCGAUCUAGCUGCUGCUCAAGAAUUGAUGAAAUCGCUAGCUGGUGCCAACCCCGAUGCAAAGCCUGACUAUCGCUCGCAAGCUCUAACAGAGCUUAACAAGCUCGAGCAAAAAGUUAUUUUACUGAAUGAAAUGCUUGAUAACGUGGAUGCUGAGCGAGGCGAACGAUUUGUUACAGGGGAUGCUUAUGAUCAAGUAUCAUCGAUACUUAUAACAGCCAGGCCGAAGCUGCAAAAAUGGAUUUCAGAUGCUGAAACUGAAGAUCCUGAAUCACUUGAUACCUUCCUUCAAAUAAAUGACCAAAUCAACACCGUCCUAUCUCGAUACGAGGCUUUCAAGAAAGGCGACUAUACCUUUGCAUCUAACCCUAUACCCCAGGAACUAAGUAACGGAGGCUCCAGUUCCAAUGCUGGGGUAUCGUUGAUUGAUUUUGAUGACGCUGCACCGUCAACAAGCAGUCAACCUGUUUCUAACGACCUUUCUGGCCUCUUCUCGUCGCCGCCUAUCCAACCUUUACAGCAGCAACCUCUAUCAGUGGGUGGGUCAUUUGGGUUGCAACAGCAACAACAGCAACAACCAUUCCAAACCCACUCGCCCACUCCUCUGUUCCACAACGGGGCAGGCUUUGUUCGCCCAGCAUCCAUGUCACCACCAAAUGCGCAGUCAGCAACCCCUCCUGCAUCAAUUGUUUUGCCAGGAACACCGCAGCCUGCCCCUUCGCAGCUACACAUGCCAUCUCAGUCUCCUAAUUACUUCAGCAAUCCAGUAAAUACCGGGAAAGCACCAAUCUAUUCCGGUAUGGGCAUGACCCCAGGAACGACAGUGGGGGGAGUGGGGUUCGGUGGCAUGGGAGGGCAGCCUCAGCAACCCUUUGGGUCGUUUGGUCUUAAUCCUCAGCCACAACCACAUGUGCAAUUCCACGCUCAACAGCCAAUUCAGCCAACACAAACGUCCAACACUGCAUCUACGUCGUCAUCCGGAACUGCGGCCCCUGCAGCUGGUCAACAAGCAAAGGAUCCAUUCGCCGAUCUAGCUGGACUCUUUUGA